AUGUCGGGUGAAAGGGAACUGGAGAAUGAUUCCAAUGAUGUUGAAGUUGUUUGUGCUAAAAUUUCUCGACAAUACAAUACUGGUCUUGAUUAUGACCCCGGUUUGUUGGAACUUCAACCUGUUGUUCCCAUGGGUUAUGGUAUUGGUCAUUCGGAAUAUACCGCUGCAAUAGUUUACAAUUUACUAGAUCUUAGUACUUCACAUGCUGCUUGUAGACCAUAUAAAGACGAGCCAAUGAUCCCUUUCAUUGAAUUCUGUUCGCAUUUUUUGCAACCAAAAUUGAGAAGUGCGAAUGGGAAAUAUUUGAGUUUAGUUGUCAUAUAUAUAUAUAUAUAG